UGUCGACAACCUUAUUAUUGGAGGAGGCGUAAUUGGACUCGCUUUUCUCCGCACGAAUGAAAUCCUUACCGAAUUCACUGCCGAUGAGCGGGCGUUGCUGGAUCAGAUCUUUAACGAAUGGCUGUCAGUGGAAAUGAAGGAUCAGAGGCAAGACGCAAGGGGAAAAGAUAUUGUGUCGGGUGGGAGUGUAAAGGUCAGUAACUUUAACGCGAGAAAAAGACGAGAAUCGAGUAAUUCCACUCAUACUAGUAAUUGA